AUGAGCGGCUGCGCUGGUGGCCUGGAUGCUUUGGACUUCCUCCACCGGCUGCUGCAGGGCAACUACGUCACCCUUGCCCUCCCUUUCAAUGAGAACCUAGCGCUGAAUCUGGAGGUCUUCAGUGCAUGGGUGGCACCGGUGGCAGAGAUCGUAGGUGCGCGGCUAGCUUGGGGCUGCUACUUGAACCCAUCAAUGCUUUUCGAGACGCCCAGUCCGCAAAUGUUGUCGAUGAGCAGUCAGUACGGGCAGCCUAUCUUCCAUCCUGGCCAAUUUCCAGCUGGAAUGUUCCGCACAAUGCCUGCACCUUCGCGCCCUGAUCCAAUGCGCACACGGAUGCCUGGUGGAUCUGGUGGCAUGUGGGAGGAGAUGGCUUCAAUGAUGCCGGGGUGGCCAGGCGCCAUGGAUGCUGCGGGGGACUUAGUUUGCACAUGCCGCGGAACAGAAGAUUUUCGCGCCACAGCACUUACAGCAGGACUUCAGUUGGCCUGGCAGCACGGAUGA